UCUUCGGACUCGACAGAGAUGAACACAUGGAAUAUAUCAAAUAGCGACGAAUUCGUGGGUCCUUGUUCCUGCACCUCAGAAAUCACUCAGGAAACAACAGACGAGAAAGUUAAUAUUUAUUCAUUAGGAAUGAACACUAUAUCGGAACACACGGACGAUACGUCUAAAACUGUAAACGAAACAGAAACCCAAAAUGAAACGACUGUUACCGAAAGUACUACAGAAAACACAGAGGGAACGGAAAGUUUGGCGGACACUUUGGAAAAACGCAAUGCGAAGGCUCCGAGUUAUCACGGGAAAUUCGACGAAUCUUCCGAAUACGAGGGGCAGAGCGAUUUGGAAGAAACGAAGAAAGAGACGACAAACGUUAGUGAAACUGGACGAAACGAAGUUAGGAUGAAAGGUGGUGCGUCCAUGAAAGAGGAUGCAAGAAGAUCGAUAGCUCGUAGAGGGACUGAGAAAACUUCCACACUUGCGGAAGAGGAUAGUACGAAGUUACUCGAUCCACUAGCGGGCUUGGAAGUGUUUGACGUUCACAAAAAAUCGAAGAGAAGGCCUAGACGCACUGGACUCGAGACAAUUAUGAAACGAGAAGUGGAAGAGAAGAAAAUUGAAGAGAAUAAUGCUGAAGAGAAAGUAACUAAGGAGGAAAAGGCUGAGAAGAAGAAAACCAAAGAGAAGGAAGCCGAAGACGAAAAGGGUACGGAUAAAAAUGCUGAAGAGAAAAGAACCAUGGAGAAAAAAGCUGAAAAGAAGGAGACUGAAGAACCUCCGGAUGUAGAUGACAAAACUAAAAAAAGAUCCGUCGAUGCGCAAACUGUUGGAUCGAAGAUGGACAAAGCCACCGAUUUACCCGAUAAAAGCAAAUAUACGCAAACAAAAUUCCAUAAGUACGAUGGCAAAAUGAAAAGUGAAAACACUGGAAGAGAUAGUGUAACUCCAGAUGCAAAAGGUUCUGAGAAGGAUUUGAAAGAAGAGGUCACCGAAGGAAAGGAUAAGUCUUCGAAAAGGAAGAAGCGCGGAGAGAAAAGAUUAAAAUGCGAAGACGAGAAGUCACCUCGAAGAUCGAGGUGGAAACAAUCAAGCGAGAAAGAUAGAUUGGACAAAGCUACUGCAGUCUUGUGUGAAAGAUCGACAGACAGAAGAAGGGAAACAGAAAAAUGGAAUCAGAGCACAGAUAAAUAUUCUCCAUAUGACCGUCGUACGCAGUAUCCUGUACAACAAUAUUCUGAUCAGUUCUCUCGAAUGGGUGAUGUUUCGUGGAAUGAUCGAUUUGAAGAAAAUGAUUUUUCAUGGACCUGUCGAUCCCAUCCCUGUAAUUAUCAACCAGAUAUUUGCAGCAAAUGUGUUUCUGAGCGCCGCGACGAUGUUUUCAGACACCUCAGAGAUUCUACAGAAUCAUCGAUAAGAAGGUUUGAAAUGCCUAUGGUAAAGAAAUAUUUACCUAUGUACCAAAGUCCGGAGUUAAUUGAAGAACUGAAAAAGCAUGAUCGAAUGAAAUUAAUUCGCGAAAGGGAAGCCAGGAGUCGCAGACAAGCGAGCUCCCCUCGAACUCCGGUUUCUGUAUCGGUUUGUUCAAAAAUAGGUUACCAAAAACCCAAACGUAUCGUUACGUGCCACCCUCCAGGUUCCUUGGUUGACGAAGAUAAUAGACUCCCUUAUCAAGAGACGCAAGCUUAUAAAAACGUGUUGUGUGAGUUUCGAAAGACCGAGCAUCGGAGACGUCCCGAAAAUCGCGAAGAAACCGAACCCCUGAUAAAUUUGUCCAAAAGAGCGGAUAAAUCCAAAAAAGUGAAGCAAUUGUAUCCAUCUCCAGGUCGAAAGCGUAAAAAAUCUGAUACCGUAAAGAAAUUCGCUAACAAAAUAAUUACGUCGAUCAGGCCUGUCACGUGUAAAAAACACAAGUGCAAGAGUCAUGCUCAGAAUUUAACGUUGGAAGAAAUGGAUACUUCGCGUUACGAUUAUUCGUUAGAUCCGGAGGUUUUGAGCGAUGUAUCCCCUUGCAAAUGCUCAAAAGAGGCUUCUACUUCUGCUGAUGAAACGACAGAUAACAACGACUCGACUCAAUGA